AUGGUCCAACAUAAUAAUACUAAGCAAUCAAUAGCAGCACUACUUGACCGAGGACCUGAUUUUACAAAUGAUACGCCAAUCGAUACGUUUUUCAGUAAACUGGAAAAUAAUUUGAUAGACAAACUUAGAAAGUUUGACGAUGAAGGAGAGAGCCCGCAGUUAUUUGAAUAUUUGGGAUUUGGUAGUCAGAAGUUAUUUGUUGCAUAUCUUAUUGAGCAAUUACAGGAAAUUCAUAACAUAUUACAGUCAAAUAGUAAACAUAUUGAUGUACAGAAAGAUGUCAUACCUAUUUCACUAAAUGAUAUGAAAUAUUUAGACGAUUUGAUAAAUUUACUCAUUGUCCAUGGUAUAGAUGCAUAUCUUCCAAGUGACUGUAGAAUUCCUCUUAAUGAAAAGUUAGCCAGUAAGUUCAGCCGGAAUCAAAUAGAAAAGAAAUUUACUAUCUCUGGGGUUGAAAGUAUAGAUGAUGACGAACUUAGUGUAAUUGUAAAUCGGGUUUUGGAAAUCAUGUUGAAGAAAUAUUCCAUAGAUGGGCAAAAGAAUUACAUUUCGAUAGUGUUGUUAAAUGGUGUAAUGUACAGUAAUAUAUUUUUGGCAGCAACUUAUUUAAUAGACAUGAAAAACUACACCUUAGAAUGUACUGUUGAAGAUAUAGAAAACUUACAGGAGACAUACUCACUGUUUGAGCUUUACAAUAAUUAUUCUCAGACUAUAGCAAAUCAUAAGCUAAAGUCUAUAUUCCUUGUCAGAUUAUCCACUUUAACUUAUAGGCGGGAGAAUAAUGGUUUAAUUACCCUAGUUGACUUCAUAUUAGGUGUUAGGGAACAGGAACAAAUAGACAUCGAGAAAUUCUCCAGAUUAAAUCAAAUAUUAUUGACCAGACCAAAGACGAUACGGAAUAUUGACUAUCUGAAAAACCUGUUUAAUCAAAUAUACGAUUGUAUGAGCUUUAUUAAUAGGCCCUUAUUGGUUAGUGGGAUUAAUGGCGUGAUUACCGAAUUUUAUUUCAAGAAUAAGCGUAUAGUUCAGGAUUUCCUCUUUCAAAGAGUAUACAAUAUUUUCUUUAACGAUUCAGCCACAGAGUAUACAUACAAGGAGCUUAACGAUUGUAUUAAUGUUAUAUUGUCUUUAUCCAAAAACACAUCUAAGGAACUAUUAAUGGAUUUUGCUUCAAGAAAUACUAUAUCAAGUGAGAAAACAGAUAUCUCAUUCUUUCAGUAUUUGUGGGUAUAUGCAGUAUUUUUGAAAUCAAAAGGCGCUUCAAAAGAUAUUAGAAUAGAAGAGUCUGGCAAAAACGAGCAGUUGGAUAUACAGGAGUAUUGUAAUGUUAUUCUUUCCUUAAUGAAGACUUUUCUGCUGGUUUUUGACUCUGAGACUACUAUACUGAACCAAAUAUGUCAGAAUAUACUGAAUUAUGAGCAUGAAAAAUGGAGGUUUUCUAUUGAUAUUAAAUCAGGAUUGCCUUUGAUUGAAGUCAAGAGGAAUGAUUUAGAUAAAGAUUUGGCGUAUGCAACAUCGAAUGACUAUAAAACUGAGGAAUUAACCACUUUAUUUAAAGAUAUGGAUAAGGUUUGUGAUCUAUUCAUUGAAUUGCUGAGAAUUAUCGAUGAUCCUAAACAAACUCGUUCAGUAUUCCUUCACGUCUUUAAGAAAUGGAUUGAGGACACGGCUGUAAAGAGUCAGAAGAGCCAGCAAUUGUCUUUCCUUAGUGAAACAGUGAAUGACGCCACAACAAGUAAUCUUUUAGCGUUGGUCAAUUUAAAACUCUCACAGCACAUUAUUAAAGAGUUUAGAUCGGAAAUUAUUAGUAGUGUCGCAGAUAUUUUGAUUGUUGUUGCUGAGUUAUUUGAUAUUCUUGAUGAUGGCGAUAAAGUAACAAAAAUAGAGGGUGUAAUAUCUUCAGUCAGGGAUUCAGAUGAUGAGGAUAGUGAUGAUGAGGAACAACCAAACGGUGAUCAGCAGCAUGAAAAACCUGACAACAUUGAGAAUGAAUUGACAAAUUUCUCAGAUAACGCCAUUGACAUCGUUAUUGCUCUAUUAGAGUCUGUGAUUGGUGAUUGUUCGGUCGAAACGUUGCACCAAUUCCGCCCUACUAUUGAACGCCUGUUGAAUAAACUAGAAGCAGCAUUUCCUAACGAUUAUGAAGAUAUAAAGAAACAAUUACGGGAGGUCUUAAUGUAUAAAGGUUCAAAUGGUGCAGCCCAGAAUUCGAAUAAAGAAAACGACGAAGAAAGAAUGACUAAAGCGAUUGCAAGUCUUGCUGAUCCCUUGGUACCUAUUCGGGCACAUGGUCUAGCAGAGCUGCGAAACCUGGUACUGCAACAUACCAAAGUGAUAACAAUAGAGAAAGUUGUUAAUAUUCACUUAGAAUUUUUGAGCAAUGAAGAUCCCUUCUUGUACUUGAAUGUGAUAAAGGGCUUGACAUAUUUGAUAGAGGUUGAUAGCAGUGGUAAAACACUGGAACAAUUAUUUGAUAAAUAUCAAUCACGCAGAACAAAAUUGGACCUAUGUCUACGUCUGGGAGAAGUUUUCAUCAAUUACGUGCAAGUGAGGAAUGAACUUGUGACUGAGCCUCAGAUGAGCCGAUUGGUCGACCUCUGUCUGGAAAAGAUCAGAGUCAAUUCAUCGACCGCAAGAGCAGUGGAUGAUCGUUUACGGAUGUCAGCUUUGUCUAUCUUAGGUAUUUGUAUCAAGAGCAACGUCGACGCCAUCACUGAUUCCAGGAUGCGAGACAUCUUCGACUGUGUCUUCGGUGUACUGCAAUUGGAGACCAGUGAGCCCAAGAGCAUCCUACGAAGAGCCGCAAUACACCUUGUCCACGACUACCUCAUCUCCAAGCUCGGCGACUCAGAUCAAGAAAUGCACGUUACAUUACCGGAGCCUUACACAGUCGAGAAACUGACAGCCACACUGGACUACUUGAAGCUACAUGACAACGACUACUUGGUCCAUCAACAAUGCUCCACCAUCGUCGAGGAGCUAUCCGCAUUUACACAACUAUAG